UGUCUCCUCCCUCUGCAGGUGAAGCAUAAAAACUCUGAGCAGCGAGUGUUUGCUGCUCUUCCUCCUCCUCAGCCUCACAGAGCGUCCUGAAGCCGACAACACAGCAGUCACUCAGGCAGACCAGCUUGUUCACAUGGUGACUAACUAGAUCUCCUCCUCUGCACAAACUUCCAUUGGGAAGCUUCUGACACCAACACCAGUUUGAACCCGUGUGGAGCUCUCUCUGCCAGACAUCACCAUACGAUGGAGAAUACAAACACAUCACACAUGAAGUAUCUGGACAUCCUCUCUAAAAGUGUUCUGGUCCGUCCAGGAUCUCCUGCUGUCUACAAGCUGACACCAAAGAAAGAAAAAAAUGGAACUCUAACAAAAAUGAGUCUUGGUGAAAAAAAUGUGAACAAGACAAACAAAACCAUCUUGCUUGUGGGUGAAACAGGAGCAGGAAAAUCUACUCUGAUCAACGCUCUGGUCAACUACACCAUGGGAGUGAAGUGGGAGGACGAUGUCUGGUUUCAGAUCGUAGAGGAGGAGGAGAAAAGGCAAUCAGAGAGUCAGACAUCAGAUGUGAUCGUGUACCAGAUCUUUGGUUUUGAAGAUAAACCUCUGCCCUACUCUCUGACCAUCAUCGAUACUCCUGGAUAUGGAGAUACCGGAGGGAUUGACCAAGAUGACAAGAUCAGUCAAAGAUUAUUAGACUUGUUUCGCUCAGAUGGUGGAGUUCAUGAAAUUAAUGCAGUAGGUUUGCUGCUGAAAGCAAGUGACAACCGACUGAGUGACCGACUGAGAUACAUCUUUGAUUCAGUGGUGUCUCUGUUUGGAAAAAACUUGGAGAAGAACAUUGUUGCCCUCAUCACACACUCAGAUGGUAUGACACCUGAAAAUGCUCUGAAAGCUCUAGAAGAUGCAAACAUUAAAUGUGCCAAAAACCAAAAGACUCAGCCUGUUCACUUCCUGUUUAAUAACUGCCAGGAUGAAGACAGGACAGAGGAUGCAGACUGUCUUAAACAAGAUUAUGAAAUAACAAUCAAAGGAAUGAGUCAGUUCACAGAGUUUCUGGAAGAAACUGGACCUCAAAAGCUGGGGACAACAGUGGAAGUUCUGAAAGAGCGAAUCAGACUGAUGGCCUGCAUCCAAAACCUGCAAGAGAGAGUUCAAUAUAUUGAACUAAAGCAUGAAGAAAUCAGACAGACUCAAGAAGCUCUGAAGAAACAUGGAGAAGAGAUGAAGAACAAUAAGAAGUUCACUGUGAAAGUUGAUGAGGUCUACAAAGGAAAAAAAACUAUCAGUGUUGUGAGGUGGUGGUGGGUAUGGUUUUAUAAAGAAGCUGUCUGCUGUCCAGUCUGUGAGGAGAACUGUCACUAUCCAUGUACACUGGCCUGGUAUGUAGAACACUGUGAGGUCAUGAAAGGUGGCCGCUGCACUUCAUGUAAAAGGAAGUGUGCUGCAUCAGAUCAUGUGAAAGAAAAGUGGAUCUAUGUGAACAAGACAAGGAAAGUUCAGAAGACCUUAGAAGACGUGAAAAAGAAAUAUGAAGAGAACAAGGCAGAACGUGAGAACAAAUCAAGUCUUUUGGAAAAACUGGAAAAGGAAGUGGAAGAACUUCAGAAAGAGAAAGAUCAGUGGCUGGAAGAGUCCUUUAACCAUGUUGUCAGACUGGAGGAGAUCGCCCUGAAUGUUGAUUCACUGUCCACUCAAGUCCACUUGGACUUCCUGAUUGAGAAGAUGAAGGACAAAGGAGACACAGAGAAGGUCCAGAAACUGGAAGAGAUGAAAAGACGAGUGGAUGAAAGAAGCCAAAGAGCUCUGCGCUGGUUUGGUCAACUAAAAACAGCAGCUGUUAAAGGAGUGAAGAACAUGUGGCCGUUUAGAAAAGAAGGUGACACUGAUGGUACAAAACUGGAAUGUAAUCACUGUUUGAGUUUCAAAUGUUUGAAUCCUGGAAACAGCGCCCUCUGUUGUAUGUAAUGACUCUUUGUUGUUGUAGUUUCAUGUUUAAUCACUGUGCAGAUGAUCAUCAGUGCUGAAGCAUUAUUUGAUCCACAUCAGUGAAAGUCAGGAUGGAGCAUGUUCGUGUUAAUCCAGUUGGUCUUUUGUUUUCUUUGCAUUCCCAUAUUCUUAUGUACUCGUGUGCUCAUACAGUCUUAUAUACUUGUACUCAUAUAUCGUCUUGUAUUCAUUUAUUAACAUACUCUAGUACUCUGUAUUUUACUUUAUUCUCUUAAAGUUAGCCUUUUACACAGUAUAUGUAACAUGUAUUGGAAUAUAUUUGAUCUUUAAUCUUAGUGUGCAUAAUUAUAUCAUCACAUAUAAUCAGUAGUUGGUUGAAAAACAUUUCCUAUAGCAUGUGAGCUGGGAACAAUAAAUGUAGUCUGCAAACAGAAAUAAUGGUGUGAGGACUAGCUGAAAUAUUUUAGACGACACAUGUGGAAACAUUUAUGUUGUAUUUUAUUGUUUAACAAGUCAUAAUUUAGUGAUUUUGAUGUAUUCUGUUAUUCCACGUGAAAUCAUGAAAUCAUGAAAUCAUGAAAUCAGAUCCUGAUUGAUGUUUUCUGUGAAUCAUUAAUAAAAUCUCUGCUUCAUGAAA